GAGACCCUCAACUAAUCCAUGGAAGAAGAGGAAUAUGAGAUUCCUGAUCUCAACCUUGAUCUUGGUGUGCAAGAAGUGCUACAAGAUGAAGGUGAUGGGAUCCCUGACCUUAACCUGGAUCCUGCUGUGCAAGGAGAAGAUGCCUUCCAAUAUGAAGAUGAAGAGCUUCCUGACAACCAAUGUUUUGGUGCUCAUGAAGAUGAACAUCCAGACCCUGCCAUGCAAGCAGUUGAACUCUCCAAUGGCCGGAGUGCACAAGAAAUUUGUCAUCUAAACAUGGAGCCAGCAAAUUAUGGAGAAGAUGAUAUUGUAUUUGACGAUGACAGACUCUAUGUUCUCCAAGAUCAAUCAAAUUAUGCAGACGAGGAGGAUUUUGAUGUUUAUUCUCCUUAUAUGGAUGUUGUCUUUGAUGAAGAUCUCCAUACAUCAAGUGAUGAGGAAGAUACUCAACAAGACAAUAUAAAGAGAAGGAAAUAUUUACCAGAAGCUGAGAACAAAGCUAUUUAUGGUGCUUUACUUGCAAGUACUAUCAAUGGGAAACUUGUUGAUAGAGAUACUACAACAAUUAUUGCAACUAUGGUUGAUGUGACAAGGAGAGUUGUACAAGACAUUUGGACAAAGGCGAAGAAAUGUUUAGCAGCAGGUGUUGAAGUUGACUUUAAAUCAAAGAAGCCUGGUAAUUGUGGCCGAAAAAGAAGUGACAUUGAUUUGGAUCAGGUUUUAGCACUUCCUUUGAACUUAAGGUGUAGCAUCAGAUCUCUUGCUAGCGCAUUGAAUGCUAGCAAAAGCAAGGUGCAUAGGUUAGUCAAAGAAGGAGCCCUUCGCCGUCACUAAAAUAGCAUUAAACCUUACUUGAAGGAAGCUAAUAAAAAACAAAGGCUCAAGUUCUGUGUAUCCAUGCUAGAUGUUGCUACUUUGAAUGCUGAACCAAGAUUUAUAGACAUGCAAAACAUUGUGCAUAUUGAUGAAAAAUGGUUCAACGCCACUAUGAAAAACAAGACCUUCUACCUUGUAUUCAAUGAAGAUGAACCUGUGAGAUGUGUGCAAAAUAAAAAUGCCAUAGAUAAAGUUAUGUUUUUAUCAGCUCUUGCAAAGCCUAGGUAUGAUGAGGAAGGAAAUUGCUACUUCGAUGUCAAAAUAGGAAUAUGGCCCUUUGUUAGGAAGGUGAAGUCUCAACUUGAUUCAAUCUAUUUUUAUUGCUUUCAAGUCACUUUGUAGCUAACUUGUUCUUUGCUCUAUAUGUUAGGAACCAGCACAAAGGAGUAGUCGCAACAGGCCGAAGGGUACAUUGGUCACAAAAUCUAUUACGGUGUCGAGAGAAACAAGUAGGGCUUUCUUGAUUACAAAGGUUAUUCCAACUAUUG